UUUUACGCGACUAGCCAAAACCGGCUAGCAUGCUAAGGUUAGCAACGAAAGCGUCAUCAUAUCGCGACGAGUGAAUAAGUCGGAUCAUAGAGUAACGACGCCGAUUUGGGUUCUGAGUCCGGAUAAUAUUUGAUAAGAAAACUUUGUGGUCAUGGCAGAUCUGGGACUGAAGCAGGGAGAUAGAGUUUUGGUGGUGUGGACCCACCCCUCCUCUCCUACAGCUUUGAAGGGACUGGCUGAGGGUGUCAGUGCUGCGGUUGGUGAACAGGACCUGGUGUCCCUGGAGAACAUGGAAAGGCUCCAGAUAUCCUCCCACUCGGCUUCACGUUACGACUGGGUUCUCUCUCAGCUGCUUCCUGAUACUGCUGCAGUGCACAGCUCGGAGGUUCUGGCCGAGAUAGCCCGGGUCCUGAAACCCGACGGGAAGCUGGUGCUGGAGGAGCCGGUAUCAGGUUCCGAGGAGGUGAACGGAUUUCGGACAGUUGGAAAGCUCGUGUCAGCCCUUAAACUAUCCGGCCUGGUUUCCAUCACAGAGGUGAAGAGUGAAGCCCUGAGCCCUGAGGUUCUCAGUCGGCUCGCAGACGUCCAGGGGAAAUCUCUGUCAAGGGUGCGAGUAUCAGCUUCCAAACCCAACUUUGAGGUCGGAUCGUUGUCUCAGCUCAAACUGUCGUUUGCCAAGAAAACAGAAAAGCCAGCCCUCGAUCCAGGAGCUGCCAAACUGUGGACUCUUUCAGCUAAUGACAUGGACGACGAUGAUGUCGACAUUAUGGACUCCGAUGCUCUCCUAGAUGCUGACGACUUGAAGAAGCCCGACCCCGAUUCGCUCCGAGCAGCCUCAUGCGGAGAAUCUGGAACGAAGAAGAAAGCCUGCAAGAACUGCACGUGCGGACUCGCCGAGGAACUCGAGGAGGAGAGCAAAGCGGCUCAGAAAGCAAGUCAACCGAAAUCUGCCUGCGGAAACUGUUAUUUAGGAGACGCUUUCCGCUGUGCCAGCUGUCCUUAUCUCGGCAUGCCUGCAUUCAAACCAGGAGAGAAGGUCGUCCUCGCCAACACACAGAUCGCAGACACAUAAAAUAAAAUGCAGAUUUCCCCAAAGCACCGAUUCAUUCCUUGCAUUUAUGGUCAGGGGGUAGAUAUCAAGAUACCAUGUAUUAUAGUAUGUAAGCCUUAACAAAUGGAUCCACUGAAAUAUUCAAACCUGACCAUGUUUCGACCAUAUUUAUGUUGUGCUCUGUGUAAUAUAGAACGGCAUUUAAUGCAAAAACAAAAAUAAAUAAAUAAAAGAUUGCACACAGUUUCA